AUGGACAAGGAAGAAGUGGAAAGUAAAAAGUACGACGAAGAGGAGGGUGAGACUGAAAGAUAUCCAACCCCAAAAUCGUCGUCCAUUUUCGAUGACACUACAAGAGCAUUAACACAUUCAGAAGCUGGAGAAUGUCUUCACAUGUUGGGAAAAUGCGAGUCAGGCCUUGGUUACGCUUAUUUAUGUUUGAAUGCAUCUAAUAAGGGACUGACAGACAUCAGAGUUAUUCCUAUGUUCAAAUACGUUCUUUACGUGGACGUUUCUGGAAAUAGACUGACAACGGAAGCUCUUCGUUAUUUAACGUCCAUGAAAUAUCUUUUAAUGAUUCGAGCUGACAGAAAUCACGUGACCUCUGGGGAACUGGAACCUAUGCCCUAUCUUCAGGUUCUUACAUUAAAUAAAAAUAAAUUGACGAGCACAUCAGGUAUUUCCCAUAAACAACUGGAAUGCCUGGAAUUGAACCACAACAAUAUCGAAGAAGUGACUUUAAAUCCGUACGACCUCGAAAAUUUGAAACAUUUCGAGUUACGUGGAAAUAUACUUACCACGACCAAUGGAAUAUUCUUCCCGAGGUUAACGCGAUUAUUCCUCGCUGAGAAUCAGAUAGAGAAGCUGGAAGGACUAGAAAUUUUGGUUAAUUUAACGACUCUGCAUCUGAGGAGUAAUAAAUUAUCGAAUUUAACUGGAUUUGAUUCACGUUGUGUUAAGCUGAAUUAUCUUAAUCUCAGAAAUAAUGAGAUUAUAAAAUUGUCGGAAUUGGAAAAAUUAAGUUGCUUGCCAGCGUUAGAAACUUUGGUUAUUUUGGAAAAUCCUACGGUCCCUGAUAGAGAAGCAGAGGAAGAAGUUGCGUAUAGGCACAUUGUUUUGGCUAUGUUGCCCAACCUGACGCGAAUCGACAAGGAUCCAGUGCUUUUCGAUGAAAAAAGAGAGGCUAAGGAAUUUCGUAGACAAAUGCUUCGUGAUGGCACCAAGUUUCCUGAUCUGGACACUAACCCACCAAAUUAG